UACCGUAAUACCGGCUGUUUCACUUUUUAAGUUAGUUAUUUUCCGAAAUCCUUUUAUUUGCAGAAAUCUAUGCAAGUAUUUUGGCUCUUUUGUGGUGCAACAUUCCGUUUAUAAAGUGUGCUAACGCCACACAUUUGCGACACUCUACUUUCGCCACAUCACAGUUAAAGCCGUCCUCAUCAUGCCAAUUGUUCUGGGUGGUGGUUUGAGUGGCCUUUCUGCCGGUUAUUAUUUAUUAAAAAAAUUUGGACAGCCAACUGCGAUUUUCGAAGCAUCCAAUCGCGUUGGAGGAUGGAUAAAAACUGAGAAACAUAAAGAUCACGGAUUUAUUUUUGAGGCUGGGCCAAGAACCAUAAGACCUAAGGGUGUAUCGGGUGCUAAUACUCUAGAAAUGAUCGAAGAUUUGAAACUACCAAUCGAAGCCGUUACAUCGUCCCAUGUUGCGGCCAAGAAUCGCAUGAUUUACGCUAAAGGCCAACUUUGCAUGUUGCCAAACAGUUUAAAGGGUGCCAUGCAGACAGUACCGCCAUUCAGUAAACCAUUGGCAAUGGCCUUAAUAAAUGACAUUAAAUCAAAGCCCAAAAAGAUCAAAUUUGGAGAUGAAUCUAUAUAUGAUUUUGUUCACAGACGUUUUGGUCCGGAAUUAGCAGACUAUGCAAUUAGCCCAAUGAUAUGUGGCAUUUGUGCCGGAGACGCCAAAGAGAUAAGUGUUCGCUUUUUAAUGGAUGACAUUUUUGAAAACGAGCAAAAAUAUGGUGGUGUCAUAAAGGGACUUUUAAUGAGCAAAUUGAAUGGUAAGAAAGCGAAUCGUCAAAGUGACUCAAAGGCAGCCCAACUACUUAGCGAAAAGCAACCACAAAAAUUCAAAGAGGCAGUGGAAAAUAAAUGGAGUAUGUAUAGAGUAAAUAACGGCCUGGAAACUUUGCCUCAUUCACUGGCCAACCAUUUGCUUGCCAAUGAUGUGGAAAUUAAUUUAACUUCAGAAUGCAGAGAAAUACUUUUUACCGAAAAUUCUGUCCGUUUGAACAUUAAAGGGCAGGAUGUCGAAACUAAGCACGUUAUUAGUUCCAUACCUGCCUUUAAGUUGGCUCCUUGCGUUAAGAAUCAACAUCCUGGACUGGCGGGUCAAUUGCUGGCCAUUCCCUAUGUCAAUGUUGCAGUGGUAAAUCUACAGUACAAUACCAAGGACUUGCUCAAACAACCUGCCUUUGGAUUCCUUGUGCCCCCGUUAGAACAGAGGCCCAUACUUGGUGUAAUAUUCGACAGUUGUGUUUUCGAUAUGGAAAAUAACACCGUUUUAACGGUAAUGAUGGGGGGCAAAUGGUUUGAGCAAUAUUUUGGAAAAGACCCCACACAAAAAGAACUACUUGAUAUUGCACUGCGCGAGAUAACAAAAAUACUGGGAAUAGAACAAGAACCGAAAAUGUCCCGUGUUCAUAUAUUAAAAAAAUGUAUUCCACAAUACAACGUAGGACACAAGCAGCGAGUUCAGGAUAUACGCCGUUAUAUACAACGCUAUAAAUUACCAUUGUCCUUGUGCGGGGCUGCCUAUGAUGGAGUCGGCAUAAAUGAUGUAAUACUUUCGGCGCGCAUGAGUGUUGAGGAACUGCCACAGUUUUAAUAAUCCAUUUAGAAGACGAAACAAAACUAAAAGAUAUUUAUUAUUAACUAUAUACCUAUAUAUAUUGAGCUAUUACGUAUGUAUGUUUAUUUGCAAAAUAUAAUUUCCUGGGGAAAAUGGUCAAGA